UUUUUUUUUUUUUUUUUUUUUUUGGGACUACAACCAUGUACCAUACUAGAAACACUUAUUCCAAAUAAAGACUAUUCCAAGUUUUUUUUACGAAAGGUACUACAGUACAUUUGUACUAAUUCAUUUUUUUUUUUUUUGGGUAAACAAAACUAAACAUAGCCGGUCCACGAUCCAAAUUCUUCUGAACCCUGUCUCAUCCCACAUUCCCCAACAAUGUCCUCCCAACCCUCCGGCGACUACGCCGCCGCAGCAACCACCCAACCAUGGCCGUCAUUCUUCGACAUCCACUCUCUCUCCAUCCCAGUCUCCCUCUCCGACGCCACAACUCGCCUCAACUCAAACCUCGCCCACUUCAAACUCAACUACCUCAACAUCUUCCUCAUCAUCCUCUUCCUCACUCUCGCUCUUCGCCCUCUCUCUCUCCUCCUCGUCUUCCUCUCCGCCGUCGCCUGGUACUACUUCUUCUUCUCCUCCUCCCGCACUUCUCCGCUCGAAAUUUUAGGGUUCGUCGUUGACGAUCGAAUCAUCGUUGCUGUGCUUUCUGUGAUUACGAUCAUCGCUUUUGUUGUUGCUCAUGCUUGGAUGAAUUUGCUGCUUUCGAUUGUGAUUUCUGCGGUUCUUGUUUGUUUGCACGGUGUUCUUAGGGUUCCGGUUGGUGAUUCUGAUCCUUAUGGUGGUCUUCUUGAUGCUGAAUCUGGAAGUUAUAGUGAGUUUUAAUUCAUUUAGGGCUUUCUGAUUGUUAAUUUUAGUUUGUAAUUGUUGUUGAUUUCUGAUUGAAACUGGAAUUGAAUCCUAUGCUUGAUUUAUUUGAGCAUUAAUUUUGUUUGUAGUUGAUUGUAAUGAAAUUGAUCGCGUUGUUGCUAAUUUGGAAAAAUUUUGUGUAAUUUUUCUGUCAAAUUGGUUUAAUUGUCAGAUUUGAGCUCAAGAAAUUAAUAUUAUUACUAUUAUUGUAAUUGAAAUUGAUUUUCUUUGAA